CGACAUUAUUGUACGACGUAUCCAAACGAGACGAUACCGUUUGUGUGAUGCUAGUCGACUAGCUACAAUCUAAUGUUGUGUUUUUUUACUGCAGAGUCAGACUGGACCCCUUUAACAUUUUAAACAGGUCCCCAGGAUGAAUAACACAGACAAAGGAGCUGGUGAUACUGGUAGUGUAGAAACCAGUGACAAGAACAAGGAGACAGAAAAAAAGAAGAGAUCCCGUGUCAAACAGCUGCUGGGUGAUGUAAAGAAGCAAGUGGAGUUCUGGUUCGGUGAUGUCAACCUUCACAAAGACCGCUUUCUUAAAAAGCUCAUUGAUGAGUCUCAUGAUGGAUAUGUCGAUCUGUCUGUGUUGACGACCUUUAGUCGCAUGCAGAAGCUGACAACUGACACUAAACUGAUUGCCAGAGCACUGAAAAAUUCAUCUUUAGUAGAGAUUAACCUUAAAGGAACUAAAGUAAGACGUCAACUUCCAAUUGGAAACCCACCAAGUGACACAGACAGUCGUACAGUUUAUGUGGAACUUUUGCCCAAGGAUGUGACACACAGCUGGAUAGAAAGAGUUUUCUCAAAAUGCGGGAAUGUGGUGUAUAUAAGCAUCCCCAGAUACAGGACCUCUCGUGACUCAAAGGGUUUUGCCUUUGUUGAGUUUGAGAAAGAGGAGCAGGCACAGAAGGCUAUAGAGAUGCUUAACAACCCUCCUGAAGAUGCCCCAAGAAAACCAGGGAUUUUCCCCAAAACUUUUAAUAGGAAGCAUAUUCCUUUUCCAGCUGAAAAUCCAGCUCCAGGUGAAGAAGAGAAGAAAAAGCGAAAAAAGAAGAAAAAGAAGGAAGGCGCCACAGUACAGAUCCCUGCAGAAGAAGUCAAAGAGCUGGCGAUGGAAGCAGAGCCAUCUGAGCAAAAGAAGAAGCACUCAGCAGCCGGGGAAUUCGAUGCUGAGGUCACCAGUACUCACAGGACGCUUGACAAAGUGUCAGAGAAGAAACGACGACGGUCACAGACAGCGGAGGGAUCAGAAAGUCAUCUUCCAUCUAAGAUUAGAAAAACCAGUGAAACUGAAACUGAUGACAAGGAGAGGGAUGGAGUAAAAAGCAGUUCAGAUGCUCCAAGUGAGACAGUGAGAGAUGUUGAGAAAGGGAAAGAAAAUGGAGAUGAUUCCACUGUUAAAGCAAAGAGAAAGAGAAAAAAGAAACACAAGGAGAAACUGAAAAUUGGGGAAGAAGUCUUUCCACUACGUGUUCUAUCAAAGAAAGAGUGGCUUCAGCUGAAAGAUGAGUACUUAAGUUUGCAGAAGCACAGCAUGGCAUCCCUGAAGAAGUGCAUCAACAAGAUUGAUCGCAAGGAACACAAUGACACUCAAGGUGGAAAUGUUGAGAUGACUGGCAAACAAAAAGAAACUAACCAAGGUCCUCAGUUUGUCAGUGGCGUCAUCAUGAAGAUUACAGACAACAAGCCGUUACCAGCGAGGAAGAUCAUUAAAGAUGCCUUGUGCAAAAUAUCUCAAGUGGCCUAUGUUGACAUCUUGGAGGGAGAUGCUGAGGGUCACAUCCGAUUUCAUUCUCCAGAGGAAGCUAAAGCUGUCAGCGAUGUUAAAGCGGAGCUGCAGAAAGAACACAGCUGGAAACUUGCGAUUCUAUCAGGUGACCAUGAGCAGCGAUAUUGGCAGAAGAUCUUAGUGGACCGCCAGGUCAAGCUGAAUCGGCCCAGGGAAAAGAAGCGGGGCACAGAAAAGCUCAUAUCCAAAGCAGAGAGAAUCAUCACCGCUCGAGCCAAAGAGGCUAAUAAGCACAUCCAUUUCGAUGAAGACUGACAGUUGGACAGGUCUGCAGAGUCAACUCUGUUGAUGUGUACUUUUGCUGGAAGAGGACUGAAUGAAAAGAAAUGGUCUAAAUGUUGUGUUUUUGUCUGCACUGGAGCCUUUAAGCAAGUGGAUUGCUGCUAUGCAUUGAGGUUUUGGAAGAUUUAUUUUUAAUAAUUUUUUUUUCCCCUUUUUAAAAAAAGAUGUAAAUACACUUGCUAUAGAAAUUCAGUCAAGACAUGGAUAAGUCCCCUUUGUUUUUUUAAAUAAAAAAUUAUUUCCA